AUGACAUUAAUCUCUCAUUGGGCUUCAGCUUUAUGGUUAAAAGAAAACAAGAGACUUAAAGAUGCCUAUCAACAAUUUGUAAGAUUUAAUUUAGAAAAUCAUCAAGCAAGAUUAGAAAAUUCGAGAGAUCGCCUUAUUACAGCAAGAUUAUUAGUCGCCCCUUAUAUUGUUAAUUCUCCGUUUCUUCCUCAUCGACUUCUUCAACUUCCGAUUCCGUUACGCCACAUUAUCAUUACGUUAAUCAGCCCUCUCCCGCCCCAAACUUACAUGUGGUUCAUCAACAAUACCUGUAAAUUCGUCUUUAUUGACGCCAAUGGAUAA